AUGGGCGACAUCUUCUAUGCUACUAGCAAUUUAGUGGCUAUGACUGUAAGUUUUUAAUUCCUAGCUUUAGCCCAGAGCCCUAGCCCAGAGCCCUAGCCCACAGCCCUAGCUCAGAGCCCUAGCCCAGAGCCCUAGCUCAGAGCUCUAGCCCAGAGCCCUAAACCUAAGCAAAAUCAUAUUGUGCGCUAGUCUUACCCUAUUCUGUCUUACUGUUCCUUGCUAUGACGCGCCGUGCCGUUCCCAGCCGCUUACUGUUCUUUGUUAUAACUUGGCUUUCUCUACCGUUCCCUGUCCUGCUUUGCCUUGCUCUGGCCUUGCCCUGGCCUUGUCCUGGCCUUGCCCUAGCCUUGCCCUGGCCUUGCUCUGGCCUUGCCUUGGCCUUGCUCUGGUCUUGGCCUUGCCUUGCCUUGCCUUUCCUUGCCUUGCCUUGCCUUGCCUUGCCUUGCCUUGCCUUGCCUUGCCUUGCCUUGCCUUGCCUUGCCUUGCCUUGCCUUGCCUUGCCUUGCCUUGCCUUGCCUUGCCUUGCCUUGCCUUGCCUUGCCUUGCCUUGCCUUGCCUUGCCUUGCCUUGCCUUGCCUUGCCUUGCCUUGCCCUGCCUUAAGCAUUUAAAUUUCACUUUUCAGGUAGUUGAAGUCAAGUCAGGCCUCAUGUUCUUCCUUACAUUAGGUCCGUUCAGCCACUCUCCAUAUCCAGCCAACUUCAUUAUGACAUCCAUCUUCCUAACCUCACUAUAUAUUGUCAUAAUAACCCUGGGAAUGCAGUUUCUCUACAGAUAUUAUGCUUUAUGUAAAACAUCAAUGAAAUUGAGCAAAUUUUUAACAAUAUACAGUAUUGGAAUACUGUACUGUUUGUGUGAUGGCUUCAUCGUAUGUUUGAUAUUUUCUGGAGAAUCUGAGGAACAUACGAUGUUAAUAAAAGAGCAUCCAAUGUACAUGUUUGACACGCCGACUUAUAUUGUUCUUGAUCCGGUAAGGUGUUGAAACGGGUUUGUAAAGAAAGUUCUUGCCAUUUUUUGAUUUGUAAAGAAAGUUCUUGCCAUUUUUUGAUUGCUAAAGAAAGUUCUUGCCAGUUUUUGAUUUGUAAAGAAAGUUCUUGCACUUUUUUGUUUUGUAAAGAAAGUUCUUGCCAAAUAAAUCGCAAAAACUUGCAGCAAAAGCCCUUACCUUUAUUCCAUACCAUGGUGACACAGCUGAUCGUAUUCGCCGUCUACGUUCUCAUUUUUUAUACCGGUCGACAAAUCAACCAACGACUGAACGAAGCCUCUACCUCAAUGUCCGACCGAACCAAAGACGCUCAACGUCAGCUGAACCGAGUCAUGGUGCUUCAGGCCGCCUAUCCAGCUGUCAUUGUUGGUCUACCUGUCCUGGUGGCUACCAUCUGUACUCAGCUACAGUUGAACAUACUAUGGUCUGGACUGUACCUAGUACCGUCAGUUUCUGUCAUUCCUAUAGCUAACUCAUUGACUAUUAUGUUGGUUAUACCUACGUUUAGACGAAGGAUCGCGGCUGGAUUGUGCCGUCGAGGUUAUGUGGAUAAUGGUAUUUCGAAGGGAGCUACUUCCGAACCAUACAGUGCGGCUGAUACGAAUCAUGGUAAUAAUGACAACAAUGAGAAUUCUCAAGUUCAUUUCAUUUGA